AUGACUCAAUCUAAAGAUCCCGUCGGAGAAAUGAGUUUUGCUGUUCAAACUCCUAUUGGAUUUUCUGGGGUUCGUCCUGUUGCUGCUAGCACUGGUGACGGAGUGCUUGCAUUGGCUGCCUCCUCCGUUUCUCCUAAUUUCGGCCGUGGUGUUGCGUCGACUCCACCAGCUUCCGGAUCAGGAUCAGGACAAUUUUGCACCCACUGCAACCGCGCCAAUCACACCACUCAGACUUGCUACAAACUUCAUGGGUUUCCCGAAGGAUGGUCUCGUGGUGGUAGGCGUGGACGGGGUCGCGGGAAUAUUAAAUCUCAGCAUGGUGGUGGUGCACAGGCUGGCGGCGCUGGUGGAUUUGUCCCAAAUGUCGCGGCUGCAAACACCAUGAUGGCUUCUCCUGUUCCUGGUGCUGGUGCCGAUGGCGGUCAUUCUUCUUCAACGCCUCUCCCGCCUAGUUCGUCUAUUGUUGACUCUCCUCCUAUCAUUGAUGAUGAUGAUUUAACUGCGAUUGUUGGGUCUACUCCCGCCACCUCUUCUAUAUCGGUGGCUUCUGACUCUUCGGCUACCUCCGACUCUCCAGCCGCCUCCGACACUCCCGCAUUCAUCUAUCUUUGCGCAGCUUGUGUCCAGCCUCCUAACAGGCGGCGUCGCCUCCCACUCCGUCAAAUCAAGCGGGAUUCAAGAAUGGGUGAUGUGUCGAGCGGAAAACAUAAAAGAAAAGGCGAAGAUAAUUAUUGCAAGACUACCAACAAGAAGUGGACACCAGAAGAGGAUAUGGCCCUGAUCGCAUCACUUGCCGAGUUAUGCGAUUCCGGGUGGAAAAGGAAAAAUGGAAUCUUUAAGAAUGGAUACACAGCCGCACUGGAGAGGAAACUGAAAUUGAAGCUUCCGGGCUGCAAUAUCAAGGCCAGCCCACACAUCGAGUCUAGGCUGAAAUUGCUUAGGAGGCAGUAUGAAGCCAUAAGAGAAAUGCAAGGUGCAGACGGCAUUCAAUGGGUCGAGCAGGACAACAUGGUUCUAUGCAGGGAUGACAAAGUAUGGGAGGAUUGGAUUCAGGCUCAUGCUGAUGCAAGGGGGCUAAGGAAUAAGCAGUUCCCUUACUACAAUGAUCUACAUCUUUUAUUUGGAAAACGGGGCACAACGGACGGCAUUAACGACGAAGCUGAUGGUGAUAAAGUAUUUAAUGACGAUGACAGCAACGUUGUUACGGACCUGUUGAUGGUGGACCACAGUUUGGAAGAAGAUGACCUACAAAACUAUGACUCGAAUGCAAUGGUCAAUAAUAACGGUACUGCUGUUAAGUGUGCUGAUAGCUUGAUCAAACACUAUAAAAAGAGAAGAAGGCAGAUUGAUGUAAUACGAAAUGUGUCAAACUGCAAUCAUUUGCCUGAUCCAGUGGAAGAAAGUCAUCCAUCAGAGGAUUCAAAUUCAACCAGGACUAACAAUAAUAACAAUAUUAAUAAUAAUAAUAGAAUAAAUGAGGAGAAUCUUUCGGCAGAUGACAUUAUUAGGGCUCAAAUCCAAAUUCGUGGUUCAACUAUUAGAGCCUCUGACAAGAAGAAUUGUAAACAAGAAGGUGGAUCGUCCGAACUGGACUCGCUGGCGAAGAUAUUUGGGACGUUUCUUGAAAAAUAUGACAAGCAUCUUUCUUUACUGGGACAAAUAGUUGGAAGGGAAAGGGCUGCAGAAAAUAUGGCCGCUGAGAGAAGAGUCAAGCUAAAUGGGGAAUUGAAAAAAUUGCCUAAUCUUAACUUGCAAGCCAGACUAAGGGCAGCGUCUUUGAUGGUGAAUGAUUCGGCAAGGCUCGACCUCUUUUACAGUCUCUCGGAAGAGGAGAAAAAUGAAUGGUUUGCUGUGGCCCCAAUUGACAUUUCUGAUCUUGCAGGGGCGGUGGUCCCCCAGUUGGGCCAUGUCUCCAAGUCCGAGCCCGAGCUACUGUUGCAGUGGUCGAACUGGCCGUUAUGGUUAGUGUAUGUCUCAGGCCUUGUGUGCAUGCUUGGGCCUGAAAAUGUGGUGUUGCACUGGUAA